AUGGGAUUUUGCACUAUCGUCAAAUGGCUCUUCGCUGCUUACUUGCUCUCUUCAUAUAAAUCCCUUCCUGGGGCAUAUUUUGUUAGGUUUUAUUAUUGUGUGGCUCAGACCUUGUUCUUGCCUAUGUUAACAGGAUUGAAAACCGAAAAUAUUAAGAAACUCCAGAAAAACGAAUAUGGCUGUUUCUCGUACACCAAGCUAGAUACCUAUGCCUCUCCGUUCGAAUGUGAUUUUUACUUUCAUAAGAACAAUAGCACCUAUUUUGUGGAAUUGGAUAUCUCAAGAAGUGAUCUUAUGAGCAAGAUUUUUCAAAAAUUGAUGCUAAAUUCUAAACAUUAUCCAUAUAUUCCAGUUGCAAACGUCUUCACUAAUUUCUUGAAGGAAAUCAAGCCCUUUCAAAAGUACUCGGUUUCAUCGAGGAUCAUCUGUUGGGAUGAGAAAUGGAUUUACGUUAUGAGUAGAUUCACAAUCAAAAAGGGCACCGUCUUAUGCUCAUUAUCGUUGACCAAAUACGUCCUUAAGGAUGGUAGGAAGACCAUCAAGCCAAAGGAGGCUCUCGAAUAUUGUGGUUUAUAUAAUGAAAACGUCGCCAAAAUUUCUGAGGACAAUCUAAAGCUUUUAACCGAGCGUUGUGGUUUCCACGAAACCGUACCGUUGGAAAACUUGAGUCAGGACUACUGUUCCGAAAUCUAA